AUGUCUAGCCAAGACUACUACAACCAGGGCGGCGGAUACCCUCAGCACCCUCAACCUUCCUACGGCCCCCCUCAAGGAGGCUACCCGCAACAGGGCGGCGGCUACUACCCCCAGGGCGGCCAGCCCCAGAUGCAGUACCAGCAGCAACCUCCCAUGCAGGCGCCCCAGCAGAGGAAGCAGGGUGGCGGAAACUGCCUGACGGCCUGCCUCGCCGCGCUGUGCUGUUGCUGCGUGAUUGACGAGACGUGCGAGUGCUGCGCGGAAUGUUGCGAGUGCUGUUUCGACAUUUGCUAA